AUGGAAAAAGUUUCAACUUUCGAAAUAUUACCCGAUGAAAUGAUACUACAUGUAUGCCAGUAUCUUCGUGAUGGCGAAAUUCUCUAUUCAUUUUUCAAUCUUAAUUCUCGCCUUAAUUCGACAAUAAUGGACUUCUGUCAUCAUGUCAAUCUCACGAAUCUUACCUAUAAACAGUUCAAGUUUGUUGCGCUGCAAAUCCUUCCUCAAAUUGGUGGAUCAAUAAGAUCGUUCGUUUUUAAUGGGCUAUGGCAAAGUAUUAUGUUCAGCAGGGAACCUACGAUGUUUUCACGUGUAAAAUUAUCUCUUUUAUUUCCACAAUUGCAUACACUGAUACUGAUGAACUUUGUCGGCGGACAAUUAAAUUUAUUUCUUGACAAAAUUACAGAUUUUUUCCACCUUGGUAAACUCGAUAUUAGAAGUGCGCAAGUUGACAAUUCAUAUGACUCAUUAAAAGCAAUUCUCGGUGCUAACAAUAAUCGACUGAAAUCCGUGUUGUUUGAUAAUAAUUCACUUGAAUUUUUGCUGACUUCAACUAACGACGAGGAAGCUGUCUCCUAUCCAAAUAUCGAAGAGUUAACAGUGAGCUUGAAAACAGAUAAAACCUUAGGAUCUUUAUUCAUACUGGUACCAAAUAUUACUCGUUUACAUGUGGACGUCGAUGAACUAUCAUCAGCAUCAAAGAGAACAUUAGAAAAUAUACCAUCUCUUCUUCAGCUAAAAGAUUUCCAGUUGCGUUCGUUAGAUAUGCAGUGGUCAUUAGAUGAAAUUGCUUAUGUCUUGAGUAAGAUGCCAUUUUUACAGCGAUUAGUAUUGGAUAUUUCUACAGAAGAUAAACAUGUUGUUCAUGGAGAAAAAUUCAUUCAAGUUCUUCCUUCAUCACUUGUCGAGAUUCAUUUAUUCAUUUUGUAUUACUUACUUACAUUUGAUCAGGAAAUAGAGACUAUAUUUUCGGCAUGGCCUUCUUAUAUUCGAAUAGUCCGUUUAUCACAUGAAUCGAAUCGAUAUGGAAUAAUUCACACAGUCCCUUGUGAUAUAUUUUCGAUAUUGAUUCCUGCUUAUGCAGCUAGUAAUAUGAUGGUUGGCUCGAAAUAUACACGAAAGGUUCACUACUUAAAAAUUUGCGGUGAACAAUGUUUAGACGAUAUCCAUCUAAUAUUGCAGCAUUUUCAUCAACUGCGAACACUCACCAUUGGCUCUGCAUACAAUUCACAUGCAAGUAGGUUGUUCGUUGGUAUAAAAUUAUUUUCUUUCGAAUAUUUAGAUGAGGAGAGCGUCAUACAUUCUGAUAACUUUUCCGAGAAAAAUAGUAGAAUCCACUUAGAAUAUACUUUUCUUCCAAAUUUUCUUUUCUGAAUAGAAAAUGUUUGCCAACUUCCGGUAUCGAUUAUAACGCAUGUACUUUACGAUCUUCUCUACUCGUUGAUUAAACAUGAGAUUUGAAUCACUAAUUACUAUAUUUCAAGAAUAGAAAUACCGGUAACAGUCUUGAACGUCCUUGCAAAAAUGCCCUUUACAAAAUGUCCCCGGGAGUUGGUCCCCAGAAAAAAAGUCGUUUAGAAAAAAUGUCCUCGGAAAAUGGUCCUGUCAGUAAAAUGUUCAUACAAACGACCAUUUCGAAAGCACAUCCUUCAAGAAGGAGAUUCCAGCAUGUAUUCGAAAUAGCAAUCUUUAGUUCAGACAUGAUUUUAUUAAGCUAUUCAGAUAGUAAAUGAGGGUACUCUAUAACUAGACUGAAAUUAAUGAAAACACAGGAUGUACACCGUGAACUAAACUUAUUUUCCCAGCUCUCAUCAUUAUGAAACAAACAUAUUUUAAACUUUAAUUAUGGAAUAAAGAUCUCUCUUGAACAGUCUUUUCGAAUUAAGUUCAGGUUAGAUUUCUAGUAUAUCAAUAGAGUGUCUGCCACAGUAUUGCUUUAGUGAAAUCGUUGGAUUGACUUGAACUUCUCUAGAUAGAGCUCAAAAAUUACCCGAAAGCAAUUAUUUUCGUGUCUUAAAUGAUUCUGACUUAUUUUUCUUUUGCCAUCUUAUCGAAAGUUCAAAUAUAUUAUAUUCAGUUGGUAUUAGCAGUGUUCCUAAUCAAGAUAUCGACUGCUUGAUAAUCAUACUACAAUACAUUUCAAAAAAAAGUUGAAGAUGUAAGAAUCGCUUAUUUCCUAUCAUCCAAAAGCUGAAGAAUUUAAAACCUCGAAUUGUAAAAUGAAUAGGGAAUCGCAUCUGGUAAAUAGGGUGUUUUAACAAUUAUAGUACAACAAGAGGAUGAGAAUCUUAAAACUGCGCUUCCAUUGUUCAGAAUUUUCUUGUAUGACAAUAAAAUGUGGAAAAUACCUUCUUAAAAAUAGAACCAUUAACAAAGUCCACUUUAGAAUUUAUCCUUGUCUUCAUGAGAGAAAUAUUUUAGUUUCUCAAACAAAAUAAUUGUUUCAAAGAGAACAUAGUGCUUGACGUUUUCAUAAGACUGCCUCAAACAUUUCUAAACGAUAGAAGAAGUACACAUAAAAAAUGAUUAAUCAUCUGAGCAUUCGUUUUCGAAAAUAUUUUCUCAAUAAAUGAAAAAAACCAGUUGUCUGUGGUAAAUGCAAUAGGGAGAACUUGAAUCGAAAGUUGUUAACGAUCUGCUUUCAAUUUUGAAAUCAGUUCGAUAACCGAGCAACAAUAGUUUGAGAGAUGAAACAUUUUACCAUAUAGUGAUGUCCGGCAAGGUUCGGAUUGUAUUUAUGAAGAAUCUUUUUAUACUUUCAUCUCUUCCCUGCAAUAAUUUCGUAUUUCACAAAACUAAAGUAAACAGAUUGAAUUCUUUCUCUUAUAUAAUUAUCUCGGUAACCCUACUAAAGAGAUUUCGUCGUUGCAUGUGUUUUUUCUUUCAAUUUUUUCUCCGCCAAACUUGAUAUUCCAUUGCGAUGUUCAUUUCCUUCCAAGAGAUUUUCUAUCGAGUGAACAAUCUAUGUUACAUCUCCACUGCUGAUUGGUUAUUAUUGCUCUGUCAUAUAUAGUACCGCCU